AUGGUUGCUUCUAUCAAGUCGCUUGCAGAGUUCAACGAGAAGAUAAAUUCGGGGAAAACCGUCUUCAUCGACUUCUGGGCCACUUGGUGUGGUCCCUGCCGCGUGAUUUCGCCUGUUUUCGAGAAAUUGGCAGCAGCUACUCCGGAUGCCGAGUUCUACAAAAUUGAUGUCGACGAAGAUGUAGCACAGGAAGUUGGCAUUCGUGCCAUGCCUACCUUCCAGGGCUUCAGGGACGGAGAAAAGAAAGGCGAAGUCGUUGGCGCCAACCCACCGGCUCUCCAAAAUCUUAUUAAGAACCUCGUCAGUGCCUGA